GGGCAGAGCGGCGUUUCACGCUAGACGGGCGGCGCAGCACGACCGAAGAGCUCAUCUGUGCUGGAAUUUGUGGCAGCACAACCCAAACAAGCAGUUUCACCCCGAUGGACGCCUGGGAGGCCUACGCCGUCGACGCGGCGGAGGAGCAGGGUGACCAACCCGCCGAGGACGCCAUCAGCAAAGGGCUGGAGUCGUUGGCGGACUCGGCGAGCCAGUGGCUGGCGCCGGGCGUCGAAAAGGCUGCUGCGGCGGCCGACGGCCUGCGGCAAAAGGGCCUCGAGGCGGCGAACCAGGGCCUCGCGGCGGCCAAGGACCGGGCGAAGUUGUUUGACCUGAACGCGUUGCAGGCGAACGACCCGCUCUUCGCGGCCGGCGAGCAGCCCGCGGCGCCGGCCGCCGAGCCCGACGCCGCGCCGACGACGAACGACGACGCGCACGCGCGCGAGCUCGCCCGCGUCAAGGAGCAGUCGCUGCGCGACGCGCGGCGCGUCGAGGGCGAGCAGCUCCGCGAGAAUCGGAAGCUCUCGCAACGCCUCGCGGAGCUCCAGCGCGCGAUGGAGGAGGCGACCGCGCGGGCCGCCUCGUCGGACCGCGCGGUGGCGGAAUUGCGGGAAAGCGAGCGCCGCGCGGCGGGCGACGCGCGGCGCUUCCGCGAGGAGGCCGAGGCGCUGCGGGAGGCGCAGCGCGACGCCGCCGAGGCGCUCGCGGGCGCGCGGGACGCGGCGCGGCGGGCCGACGACCGGGCGGCGCAGGCCCUGGCGGACGCGGAGCGGGCGCAGCGCGAGCUGCGCCGGACGGCGUCGCGGACCGAGGCGCUGGCCGAGGGCCGCGAGGACCUCGCCGGGGCCGUCGAGCGGUCGCGGGACGAGGCGGCGCGCGCGUCGGCCGCGGCGCUGCGCCACCGCGACGACCUGGCGGCCGCGCACGGCGAGGUGGCGCGCCUCCUCCACCGCGUCGAGGCCGAGGCGCGGGCGCGGCGGGACGCCGAGGACAAGCUGCGGCGGCUCGCGCACAAAAAGGCGCCCGUCGCCGCGGCGGCGCCGCCGCCGCCGCCGGCGCCCGUCGUCGUGCAAGAGGACGACGGCCAGGUCCGCGCGCUGCGCGAGGAGCUCGCCGCCGCGCGGGCCAAGGCGGCGCGCGCCGAGCAGCGCGAGGCCGACGGCCAGCGCCGCAUGCGCGUGCUCGAGGCCGCGGCGUCCAAGGCGCGCGCCGAGGCGGCGGCGGCCGACUCGGAGGCGCGCCGCUACCGCGACGGCGACUCCGAUCUGAGGAGACGGUGCGAGGCGGCCGAGCGCGCGGCGACGCGCGCGACGGCGGCGCGCGAGGAGGCGCUGGCCGAGGUCGACGCGCGCGUCGACGCGGCCAAGCUCGCCGGCGAGCGCAUCGCGAACGCCGCGAAGCGCCAGGUCGCGGCGCUGGACAAGGCGCUGUCGGGCCGCGACGCGCUCGUCGCGUGCACCGAGGCGCGGGGCGCGAUGGCCCUCCGCGACAAAACCAGGGAGCUCGCGGACGCGAAGCGCGCCUUGGGCGUCGCGGAGUCGCGGACCCAGGCCGCGCGCCGGUCCAAGGCGUUCCUCUUCGGCGGCGCCGUGCGCGACGAGCUCGCGCGCCUCCAGCGGCAGAACGACCGGCUCCGCGAGGAGGUUCUUGCCGGCGGCGGCGAGCGGGACGAGGACGCGGCGCCGCCGCCUCCGGCCAAGAAGGCGCCGCCCGCGGCGCGGCCCAGCAACGACACCUUCGACGCGAAGACGCGCGCGACGUACGUCGCGCUCGCCGUGUCGCAGCUCUGCGCGGCCGCGGGCGCCGGCGAGGAGUCGCGCGCCGCGACGGUGGCGCCCGUUCUACGCGAACUCCUGAAGCAGCCGCACAACGCGGUCAAGCACUGGCUCGCGUUCCUGGAGCGGGACGCCGAGGCCGCGGCGGCGACGUGCGCCGCGCUCGACUUGUUGCGGGACGCGCUGGACGAGGGCGCGGAGCGCGAGCGGUCCGCGGCGUCGCUCGGCGCGCAGCGGGCGCUCUUGCGGUACGACGCGCGCCUCGCGGCGGCCGCCGUGCUGUCGGCGGCGCGCGACAACGCCGCGCGCGCGCGCGAGGACACGCGCACGCGCGCCGCGGCGCAGCGCAUGUGCGCCGCGGCCGAGGCCGCCGUCGCCGACGCCGUCAAAAGGGUUGAAGCCGCGGACAACGCGCGGGACAACGCCGUCCAGGAGGCGGCCGAGCUCCAGCGCGCGGUCGCCGAGUCCGGCACGUCCGUGGAAUUCGCCCACGCGCGCGCGGCCUGCGUCGCCGUGUUGCGGAGCGGCCGCGGCUCGGCCGCGUACAACAAGCUGCUGCCGCUGCUGCGCGGCUUCCUACGCGUGCCGCACGCGGUCGUCGAGGACAACGUCCUCGCGCUGCUCGGGACGGGGUCGGGCGCGGACUUCGUCGAGGCGCUGACGGCGCCGCCGCCGGCGAAGGAGAGGGCUCCGUCGUAA